AUGAAUCUUACCUUUCGACCUCGCCUACCACUCUGCGGAUCCAGGAAGCGCAGCCGAGCCGUGGCUGACAUUGAUGGCGAACACUCUUGUGUGCAGAAGAAGAAGCGCCGACUCCGAUUAUUUCUGAUUACUUCUCGGCUAUCACCACAAUUCUCUCAUCCAGCAACCAACAUUGUGGAUCGUGGCAGCUCCAAGAUUGCAGUUUGGGCCAAGCAAAAGGCUCUUGGACGGAAUCUGCUCAGAAAGGCUGCCAUCCUGAAUGGGGUACGCAGACGAUUGAUCCUGACCAAAGAAGCGCAGAGCGGGCAUGGUCGUGUACCAGUCGAGCAAGAGAGAGAACAAGCACAACUCGAAUUGGCGAGGCUAGAGUUCAACCAUGGCAGUGUUGACACUUACACCAGACCGGUGCUGUCGCGGGAUCCUUCAGUACCGCCCAGUGUUGCUGUGAGGACUGGGGGCCACUUUGUAGUCUCUGGAUCACCUACCAACUCUCCACCCUCGUCAAGAAGUCCUUCGCCUACCUCAUCUUCUCCAACAACGAGGAAUUCCCCUGAAGAGACUGCAGCAUUUCGCUCACCAAAUGAAGCAUGGUCCUACUCUGCGAGAGAUACAACACCGCGUCGAGAUUACCUACCUCUACCGCCCUCUCCACUUGGCAUGUCAAACUAUGAUGCUCUCGAUGUUGAUGGGGAUGCGUUCGACCCGUACGCCCAUCUUGACGACGAGGACGAACCAAUACCGAACCCUUACGAUGAAGAUGACGACGAUGUGCCUUUCUCGCCAUCUGCCGUUACCACUAGUUCAUCUACUACAUUACAUACUGGCACCACAAAUGCAACCAUGUUCUCUGAUCUCAACACACUGGAUCACUCAGAGCCAGUAUUUGGAGACUAUGACCAGGUAGAGGACGGUGCGUAUGCCGUAUGGCCGAGCGUGUCUACACAAGACAGCCCAACUCCUACAUCCACGUCAACAUCACUAGAUGUCUCUGCCUUGUUCGCAACGUGUCUGGUUGCACCCAAACGAGCAGACUCGUUUGUCAUGUCGCCCAACUUCCGCCCACGUAUCCCGACAAAGUCCGUGUCACCGGAGAUGCUUGCCGUCACCACCACAACCGCCACUUCACCGAAUUUCACACCCACAAUUCUACCCACAACGUCGGCUUCUCCUAACUUUAUACCAACAGCAGUACCAAUGUCACCAAAUUUCCCUCCUAUAUCGACAUCACCGAACUUCGCCCUGCCAACCGCGACGACAUCGAUGUCGCCGAAUCUCACACCAUUGGCUGCUCCGGCCUCGCCGAACUUCCUGCCAAUAUCAAAGUCACCAAAUUUCACUGCACAGGACACAAUGAUGCCAGCACAGAACCCAUCGGCGUGGAAGCACACGGACACAAAUUCGACAGAAGCAGGUGGAUCAGUCCAUACUAGCGAUGUAGAAGAAGAGCGCACACGGCAGAGGAACUUGAUGUUCAUGCGUUUUGGAUCAUGA